AUGCUGUGCACGAAGAUACGAAACCAAGCCAAGGAGUUGGCAGCGUUGACGGAACGCCUUCAGGAAGAGGCCGCCUACUCUCGGCUCGUAGAGAAGCGUUUGGUUGAGCUGGAUCCGGAGCACUCGCUCCCCGUAACCCCUCACCACCUAGGCCGCCGUAGUCCGGAAAGCACUAUAGCUCAUCGCAGCAGUGGCAGUGUUGGCGGGUUGGGUCGAGGGUACCACCUGCAGAAGGCCGACCAGCUUUCGAAUGAGGAGCAUGAUCAUGAUGACGGCUUGCGACAAGGAUACGAGGCGGCCCAGGCAAGGCUAAGGGACGCCGCACAGCUUAUCAGGACACUCAGAGAGGCGUUGGAAAGCAGGGGGGAGUUCAGGGGCGAUUCUCAUGUUGCAGCCAGAGCUCAGCCUGACGCCAUUGCCGGGGUCUUCGGCACCACAGGACUCCCGUGGAUGCCUACCUGGGACGCCGACGCAAACGCAGCCGCCAACCGCGCCCGCAAAUACCAGCGUGAAGCCGAUGAUCUCCGCCGACGGCUAGAAACCAGCGGUGGUAACGUUAGCCGGGCGAGCAAGGGCGGCAGCGGCGGCGGCCGUGUCGGAGAGAAUCAGACAAGCUCUUCGCCAUUGGGCGGAGAACAGGGCCAUGGGAGGGAGCUUGGGAUUCGCUUUGUUGAUGAUGACCGGGCCCGACAGCACCAGCAACAUGUUGAGCUCAGCAAGGACGUGGAGCGGCUUGAACAGAAGCUGCGGGAGCAGAGGGAGGCAACCACCGCCGCUAGAACCGAGGCGAACGGGCUCCACGAGACGCUGAAACAGCUUCAACAAUCGCACCAUGUCGGCAAUCUCAGCAGCCAGAGGGAGGGUGCCGCAGACGACGCUAAGGCUAACGCCGCAGAGCUGGCGCGACAGCUAGCGCGCGCUAGGUCAACUGCCGAGUCCUCCCGAGAAGAAAAUAAAAACCUACGUCUCCAGCUGCGGGAGUUAGGGGGCGGCGGAAGCGGCCACGGCCGCCGUGGGGGUGGCAACGGAAGUGGAAACAGCAGUCAUAUUUCCAAGACGAUGCCGCGCUCUACAAGUAUCGCUAGCAGUAGUAGCGGCGGCCACGCAAUUGUUGCAGCGGCAGCGCUUGGGGGAAGGCACACUCCGGCAGCAGGGUCCAAACCAGCACUGGCGUGCGAGUUGGGGGGUACGAGGGCUGCGAACGUGGAAGAGGAGGGUGGUGCGGACAGGGGGGGAAACGAGCUCGAGGCCGAAAAAGAAGCCCUCCUAGACUACGUGCAGGACUUGUUGGGGAGAAUCAAGGGGUUAGAGGCCGCCUGCGCGAGCCUCGAGCGAGAGCGCGGAGAUAGCUCAAUAAACCUCGAGAAGACGCGCAAAGAUCUUCAGCAGAAAGAGAAAGCUAUCGCCCAGAUCGAGGAUUUGCAGAAGACGGAGAAGGUGGAGCGUGUAGAGAAGGAAGAGAUGGGCCGACUGUACAACGAGCUUCUAAAGCAGCUCAAGACAGCUGAGGAAGAGAAGGAAAAACUCCAGCCCGAAUCUGUUCGAGAGCGGAGCGGGGCGUACACGAUUUGA